GCCUGCAGUCGGCGGCUGCACCCCGAGGUGCUCCGCGUUCCCGCGCGGGGUGGGUCCGCCCGGCGGCUUCGGGCCCGGGCGGGAGGGCUCCUGAGCGCUGGGCAGCCGGGCGGGGGCACAGCUCCAAAUCUUUUUCAUUGAAGGAAAAAGGAAAUGUCUUCUGGCCGAACUCAAGAUUAAACUUCGCACAUGGUGAUUGUGGGUGGCUGGGUGUGAAAUCGAGCUCUGCGUGUGACAGGGGGCAGGAGAUCUCGACUUGAGUAGUUGUGCUGCAGGGCACCGACCUGCCAGGCUGCCUGCGAGGGGCUUUAACCCUUGACAGCGGAGAGAGAGUUGCGCGCUUCGGCGGCACUCGGCAGGCUCCAGGGCUUUGAAAAUGGACUAGAGGAGGCGUUGGUCUGAAGUGACUUGACGAUUAGAAUAGUGGUGUCGUUUUAGAUUUAGCGGAAGCGGAGUGCAGGAAAGCUUUCUGCGGUUCUCCCAUCAGUUGCGAAAGUGUCCUUAUAACGCGGAUCUCGCGGCACGUAUGGUUCUAGGAUCAAAAGGUCAUGAAACGAGUACGCGCCGAGCACAUUCAGAUGGCAGUGUCCUGCUACCUCAAACGUCGGCAGUACGUAGACUCAGAUGGGCCCCUGAAGCAAGGACUGCGGCUGUCACAGACUGCUGAGGAGAUGGCCACCAACCUCACAGUCCAAUCAGAGUCUGGUUGUGCCAACGUGGUGUCCGCAGCUCCUUGCCAGGCAGAGCCCCAGCAAUACGAAGUGCAGUUUGGACGACUGCGGAAUUUUCUCACCGAUUCUGACUCCCAGCAUAGCCACGAAGUGAUGCCCCUCCUGUACCCUCUCUUCGUCUACCUCCAUCUCACCCUGGUCCAGAACAGUCCGAAGAGCACGGUGGAGAGUUUCUACAGCCGCUUCCACGGGAUGUUUCUGCACAACGCCAGCCAGAAGGACGUCAUCGAGCAGCUGCAAACCACACAGAGCAUCCAGGACGUACUGUCCAACUUCAAGCUCCGCGCCUUCCUAGAUAACAAGUACGUGGUCCGCCUCCAAGAAGACAGCUACAACUACCUUGUCCGCUACCUCCAGAGUGACAACAACGCCGCGCUCUGCAAAGUGCUCACCUUGCAUAUCCACCUGGAUGUGCAGCCUGCCAAGAGGACAGAUUACCAGCUCUAUGCCAGCGGCAGCGCCGCGCGAGGCGAGGGCAGCAGCCUGGAGCCGGCCGACAUGCCCGCGCCUGUCCUGCAUGACGAGGCCGCCCUGGCUGUCCUGCAGGACAGCAUAAGGCGCGUCAAGGACGGCCCUCCGUCCCUCACCACCAUCUGUUUCUACGCCUUCUACAACACCGAGCAGCUGCUGAACACAGCCGAGAUCUCCCCGGACAGCAAGCUGCUCGCCGCGGGCUUCGACAACUCCUGUAUCAAGCUGUGGAGCCUGCGAUCCAAGAAGUUAAAGCCGGGGCCUCAUCGAGUCGACGUGUCCCGCGUCCACUUGGCUUGUGAUGUCCUGGAAGAGGAGGACGAUGAGGAUGAAACUGUGGGCACAGAGAUGAAGACCCUGCGAGGACACUGUGGGCCAGUGUACAGCACGCGGUUCCUCGCCGACAGCUCAGGGUUGCUGUCUUGUUCUGAAGACAUGUCCAUCAGGUACUGGGACCUGGGGAGCUUCACCAACACUGUGUUGUACCAGGGACAUGCCUACCCUGUGUGGGACCUGGACAUUAGCCCGUACAGCCUGUACUUUGCCAGCGGGUCCCAUGACCGCACAGCGAGGCUGUGGUCAUUUGAUCGGACGUACCCGCUGAGAAUAUAUGCAGGACACCUGGCGGACGUGGACUGCGUCAAGUUCCACCCCAACUCGAACUACUUGGCCACGGGCUCCGCCGACAAGACGGUCCGGCUGUGGAGCGCCCAGCAGGGCGGCUCGGUGAGGCUCUUCACGGGCCACCGCGGCCCCGUGCUGUCCCUCGCCUUUUCUCCCAACGGCAAGUACUUGGCGUCGGCCGGCGAGGACCAGCGCCUGAAGCUGUGGGACCUGGCGUCCGGGACCCUUUACAAGGAGCUCAGAGGCCACUCGGACAACAUCACCAGCCUGACGUUCAGCCCGGACAGCAGCCUCAUCGCCUCGGCCUCCAUGGACAACUCGGUGCGCGUGUGGGACGUCCGGGGCGCGCACGGGGGCGCCCCGGCCGACGGCUCCUCGGGCGAGCUGGUGGGCGUGUACAGCGGCCCGGUGAGCAGCGUCCUGAGCGUGCGCUUCAUGGCCUGCAACCUCCUGCUGGUGACCGGGAUCUCGCAGGAGAGCCCGGACCAUUGACCGUCGCCUUCGCUGUGGCGGGCUGGGGCGGCGCUGGCCUCCACAUGGCAAGUCUCGCGACAGACUGAUGGAAUCACUGACUGACUGUGAAAGACUCCGCAUUGAUUUCCCCUCCCCUGCGCAGACGUCCUGAGCACGGCACCCCUUCACUCGGCUCCCCACGUCGCAGGACUGGGGUGGGGGGACAGGUGGUGACAAGCGGACAUGAGAUCAAGAACUGAGAUGCUCGCGAGGUCAGAUUGCAAGUCCCACCGAGAGCGCUCCGCGUCGCGGUGCGAGCGCCCGCACGUCCGACUCUUUCCCGUUUGUGAAACCGACAUGAGCUGCUGAUGCCGGCGCUGCGCCGGCUCCGGGGGGCCUGGCGUGGCCUGGGCGCCGAGCGCUGUCCCGAGGAGCAAGGCCGCAGGGUCGCCUGGCGUUAGGCACCGGGGAAGGGGAUCUUUACUGAUGUGGGAAUGCGGGGCUGGGGACAGGUGAAGGGGGCAGGGUUGUCCCCGCAAAAAGACUUUCCAUAAUUACAGAGAACAGAAUUUUUUAUUAUUGUUAUUGUAAUUAUAUUAUUAUUAUUAUUAUUAUUGAGAGGGGAACCAUAGCACUGGCAGAGGCCUUCUCUGCGCUCAUCCUUCAGGUCGUACCCCUGGCACUGGCCAUGACACUUGGAAUUUUGAGGUUCAGGGAAUUCAGAGAAUUUGGUAGCACAGUGUUUGGGAAGAAAGGGGAACUUUCUGGGUAACAGAUCGGCUACUCCCGCUGACAUGUUUCUAGAAGUGGGUGGAUUUGAUUGAGAAAGUCUUGGGCUCUUGCAGUGAUGGUGGGAAAGAAAGGUUCUUUUCUUGGCUGCACAUCUAUUAGCAAUCCUCUCUCCUGAAAGGACAGAUUGUGGUAAACAAAUGAGAAUAAUUUGAAGCGAAAAGUCAAAAGGUAGAAUUAUUAAGUGUUGAAUUUCCAAAUGAGUAUUUACUCAGAGGUGUGGCUUUUUCAACGUCUUUUUCUCCUUAGGACCAUCCACUCCCACCUCCUGCAUUGCAAUAGCAGUUUAAUAGAAAACACUUUGUGAAACAAAUUGUAAGUACGUAUGCACGCAUAUAAAACUAUGUUUUGAGGAUAAAGCAAGUUCUAAUUUGUGGAAAAAGGAUUAAAUAUUUCUGUUUUCUGAAAAGAGUUUUUUGUAUUUUGUUUUCUAUUAAAAUGUAUUUAGUUUCCAAAAAAAGUGUUGGCAUCUCAUUUAAACUGUGAGGGCCCGUGGGCGUGUGGUCUGCCUUGCAGUGACAUGCAGCUCACUUCUCUUUAGGGUAGUAGCCAGUUACGUAGGCCAGACCAGCCCCAAAGGAGGGGUGUUCCUAUCCACUCUUGUAUCCUGUUCUGCUUACUUUGAGUCAUGCUCUUGGCACUCGCGUGGAUUAUUGCUAGCAUUCAGUACUGUUCAUACAUCCAAGACUGCCGAUUGCUGACCUGGGACAAUAUAUAUUUUGCCAUCUAGAGUUAUUUGGUAAGAUCCUAUUUCAAUUUUUAAAAACCCCAUUAUAAAAUCUCGAAGGGGCAUAAGAACUGUUAGUUAAUUAACUCAGACUGUUUAUUGAGCAAUUCCAGAUAAAGGACUCAUCCAAAGAUUUAAAUGAUACCAGAAUUUUAAAAAUGUACUUUGUUACAUAAUUUCCUGGCAAGGACACCAGAAUUAUCAGGAAAUUAAAUAGGAAGACUCUAGAAUUCUAUGCCAAAAUGUUUUUUUUCACUUAAGCCUCAGGUGCUAAAUAAUAGGAAAUGUUUCUUAUUCACAAAAAUCUACAUAUUUGAGACACUGUAAGAAGGAUCCUUUGACAACUUAGCCAGACGGCAUCACCUUCCACGUGGUCUGUGGGUAAAGCCUAGAAUCCAAAUGUGUUCUUACUGUAGUAAGUGAAUUCUAAGUUAGCGUGCAUGAUACAUUGCUAGAAAUCAUGAAAUCCACGAAUUGGGCUCAAUCAUUCUGAGAAGUGAAAAUAUCACUGACUUGGGAUGAUUUGGAAGUUUUGUGUUUGUUUUGUGAUACAGAAUUUCUUUGAUUAAACACAGAAAUGUCCUGCGUUGGUCAGUCUUCACAUCACCGAUUGUGUAUCUGCUCUGUGAUUUCAGUUCAAGGUCUUAAUGGUCUGCAUAUUUGGCCUUUUUUUCUUUUGUGAACUAAUUUUAAAGUGGGGUAAUUGAACUUUCUAGAAUCACCUCACAACGUCCCCCAAAUCUUACAAAUAUGGUAUGUGUGUGUCCACAAGGUGCGCAAAGAACAUGGUCACCCUCUUCAGGCUGCUCUCUGCAUUGUUUCAUUUUAUCUUCAGGAUAUCCCAUGACGUGGACAGGACUGGAGGCAUUACCAUUUUGUAUUGAAAUACCUAAAGCCCAGAAAAGCUGUAUUGUGUAUCCACACCCAACAAGGAAUAAAGAAACUUGAGAAUUCUCAGCUGUUUUGAACCACUGUGAUAAGUGUCCGCAGUGUGUAUAAGGUGGGGAAAAACAGCUGAAAUUUCUGAGACUGACAGGCUCAGAAGAUCUGACUGUAAUUUUAAUUUAGCAAUAGACGACGAAAGAGAAAGUCAGGAUAAAGGAAAAUAAUGAAUAGAGACAAAACAGUUUAAAGUUUUUAUAUUUAAGAUCCAGAAUCUAAGGACAUGAUUACUGGCUUUUCAUUUGUUUAAUCAUGUGUUAAAAAUGUCUUGGUUGUAUAAACAAAGAGUUGGGUAUGUAGGCUUCUAAUUUUGCUACUGCCCAGAUUGGUAUUUAAGUAUAUGGAUUAAAAACUUAGUCUGUACUUCAACUUGUCUUUCAGUUGCAUGUUUUAUAAAAGUGUCCAUUAAAUCUAU